CAGAGAGGGAAAGUGACAGAAGCCGUGCAGAGGGAGACGCAGAGAGAGAGGAGCGCCCGGCAGCCACCCAGUCUCGGGGGGGAGCGCUCAGCUCCCCCUCCCCCGGCUCCCACCCUGUCCGGGGGGGCUCCUCAAGCCCUCAGCCCCACUCCCGGGCUCCCCAUGGAAGCCAGCUGUGCCCCGGGAGGAGCCGGCGGAGGAGGAGUCGGCUAGAUGCCCGCGGUGCGCCCGGGGCCCCUGAGCGCAGCCCGCUCUGCGCCUCUGCCCUAAGGCCUCUCCCGGGACCUGCCCGCCCCCCCACACCGCCCGCUUGCCAGCGCUCGGGCCGGAGCUCUGGGCCGGGCGCGCCGCCGCCCUGGAGUGAGGGGAAGCCCAGCCGUAGGGGGGUCUCCGGAGCCGGCCGCGAUGGACGCCGUCUUGGAGCCCUUCCCGGCCGACAGGCUGUUUCCCGGAUCCAGCUUCCUGGACUUGGGGGAUCUGAACGAGUCGGAUUUCCUCAACAAUGCGCACUUCCCCGAGCACCUGGACCACUUUGCCGAGAACAUGGAGGACUUCUCCAACGACCUGUUCAGCAGUUUCUUUGAUGACCCUGUGCUGGACGAGAAGAGCCCUCUCCUGGACAUGGAACUGGACUCCCCCACGCCAGGCAUCCAGGCCGAGCACAGCUACUCUCUGAGUGGUGACUCAGCGCCUCAGAGCCCCGCCAUGCCCAUCAAGACAGAAGACACCACCCAAGAUGUGGACCACGGAGCGUGGGUGCUGGGACACAAACUGUGCUCCGUCAUGGUGAAGCAGGAGCAGAGCCCGGAGCUGCCCGUGGACCCGCUGGCCGCCUCCUCGGCCAUGGCCGCCGCCGCCAUGGCCACCACCCCGCUGCUGGGACUCAGCCCCCUGACCAGGCUGCCCGUCCCCCACCAGGCCCCAGGAGAGAUGACUCAGCUGCCAGUGAUCAAAGCCGAGCCCCAGGAGGUGAACCAGUUCCUCAAAGGGACACCAGAGGACCUGGUGCAGAUGCCUCCGACGCCCCCCAGCAGCCACGGCAGCGACAGCGACGGCUCCCAGAGUCCCCGCUCUCUGCCCCCCUCCAGCCCUAUCCGGCCCAUGGCCCGCUCCUCCACGGCCAUCUCCACCUCUCCGCUCCUCACCGCCCCUCACAAAUUACAGGGGACGUCGGGGCCGCUGCUCCUGACGGAGGAGGAGAAGCGCACCCUGGUUGCUGAGGGCUACCCCAUCCCCACCAAACUGCCCCUCACCAAAGCCGAGGAGAAGGCCUUGAAGAGGGUCCGGAGGAAAAUCAAGAACAAGAUCUCGGCCCAGGAGAGCCGCCGUAAGAAGAAGGAGUACGUGGAGUGUCUAGAAAAGAAGGUGGAGACAUUUACAUCUGAGAACAAUGAACUGUGGAAGAAGGUGGAAACCCUGGAGAAUGCCAACAGGACUCUGCUCCAGCAGCUGCAGAAGCUCCAGACUCUGGUCACCAACAAGAUCUCCAGACCUUACAAGAUGGCCGCCACCCAGACUGGGACCUGCCUCAUGGUGGCAGCCUUGUGCUUCGUCCUGGUGCUGGGCUCCCUCGUGCCCUGCCUCCCCGAGUUCUCCUCUGGCUCCCAGACUGUGAAGGAAGACCCGAUGGCCGCUGACAGCGUCUACACCGCCAGUCAGAUGCCCUCCCGGAGCCUCCUAUUCUACGACGAGGGAGCAGGCUCAUGGGAGGAUGGCCGCAGUGCCCUGCUGCCCGUGGAGCCCCCGGAUGGCUGGGAGAUCAAGCCCGGGGGGCCGGUGGAGCAGCGGCCCCAGGACCACCUGCAACAUGACCACCGGGACAGCACCCACGAGACCAGCAAGUACCUGAGCGAGGCCUGGCCGAAGGACGUCGGCGGGAACAGCACGAGCCCUGACUUCUCCCACCCUAAGGAGUGGUUCCAUGAGAGGGAUCUGGGCCCCAACACCACCGUCAAGCUCUCCUAGGCCAUGCCAAGACCCAGGACACAGGGCGCACCUCUGGUACUCAGAAGAGGGGUCGUCCUGCUCACCAACCCGGAUCCGGCUCGUACCCCUGCCCCCUGGGGUCCCAUCCCAGGAGAAAGGGUUCCACUCCCCCCGCCCACCAGCCCCUCUUUGCCCUAGAUCUUGACCGGGGCCCCCCUUCCCCCCCACAUUUGGACUGUUCCCUUGGGCCAACCACUGUGUUCUCACCCCCUCCCUCCCACAACCAUCCGUCCUUCUUAGAUAAACCACUCACUGAGUCACCCACCUCCUUUCUCAUAAUGACCAAGAGGACCACUGCCUCCCUGCCCCACCCCGACAACAUACACACACACACAUCAACAGACCGACCCACUAAGCCCCUCCCCUCCCCCCCACUGUACAGAGACCAAGAACAGAAAUUGUUUGUAAAUAAUGAACCUUAUUUUUUAUUAUUGCCGAUCCCUAAGAUAUUGUAUUUUACAAGUCUCCCUCCUACCUUCAACCCUCCCUUGUUUUGUAUUUUAUGAAGUUAGUGCGGGCUUUUCUGCUCCCUGGCCCAGGGGAGAGGGUCCCCCCCAACCCCUCACCUGGCCUCCCCCCUGCCGCUGCCCAAGCCGCUGGGCCUUUUUAAUUGCCAAACCGCUUCACCCAUCAGCUCAGCACAUGCUUUAAGAAGGCAAAAGUAAAAAAAAAAAAAAUGAUGCAGCAU